AUGGCUUACCAAUAUGCAAAGAGAGGAGCUUCACUUGUCAUAGUUGACAAGAAUGCCCAUCACCUUCCAAAGGUUGCGGAGACAGCUCGUGGCCUUGGCUCUCCUGAUAUCAUUCAGGUUUGUGCAGAUGUUUCCAUUCUUGAAGAUUGCAAACGCUUUAUUGACGAAGCCGUCAAACACUUUGGCCAAUUGGAUCACCUGGUCAACAAUGCGGGUAUUUCCUCUGUAUGCCCAAUUGAAAAUAUCACAGAUGUUACGAAUUUCCCACGUGUGAUGGACGUAAACUUUUGGGGACUUGUUUAUCCAACCCAUUUUGCAAUUCCUCACCUCAAAAAAAGCAAGGGAAAAAUCCUUGCCAUUUCCUCAGUUGCUGCAUUGAUGCACCCUCCAACAUUGGGCUUCUACAGUGCAAGUAAAUCGGCUGUAAAAACUUUCUUUGAGACAUUGAGAUCUGAAUUGGCACCUUCAAUCACAGUAACAAUUGCAACUCUUGGGUUUAUAGAUUCAAACAUGACCAGACAAGAACACUUAUCUAAGGUUGUUUUUCGAUUAGUUCCGGUGAUGAGUUCAAGGAGAGCUGCAGAAGCCCUUGUUGACGGGAUACGACGAGGAGAAAGAUACGUGACCGAACCAAAAUGGUACAAGGCGUUGUUUAUGGUGGAAGCUUUAUGCCCUCAAGUGAUGGACUGGUGUUAUGGUCGCAUUUUAUUUCCCCAACUCAAGCAUGCCUUAGAUGAAGCAUCCAUUUCAACGUCACAAACUAAAGCAGACUAG